CUUGUUUGUUUACGUGCGGGGGUUUAGCGCGCUCCAGAUGUGUAGUUCGCGAAUUGUUAAUUUUUAGUGAUAACUUUGGUGCAAAUUUACAGUUCGCGGUGAACGUUUGGUGGAAUUUCGAGGCCUUGAAUUGAAUCGACAAAAGAAGCUCCUUAUCGUUAAUGGUUUACUUGGAAGUCAAAGCAAGGGGGAUUUUUCUGCAAUUUGGUGGAGGCUCGCAAAUACGAUUGAAUCAUGAAAACCCAACGUCUACAAGCAGCUUUCGCUCGACGUCGCGAAGCCGACAUUGAUCGUAUCGAAAGGACAUCGGCCGUUAAUAAAUAUUUUGACCAUUGGUCUAAAGUGACUUCCAGAUUUGAGUCGUGGACUGAUCCUGAAUACUACCAACAAGCGGAGGAAUCGUUGCGUAAAGAGAAAGAAAAGAAAUUAAAGGAGGCGAAAUUGGAAGAACGACGCUCGAAAUUAAGACAACUCCUUAAUAGUGAAAAUGCAAAAUAUCAACAAGAGUUGCAGGAAGUGAAUAAGCCAAAACCCCGGAAGCUUCCUAAUGACCUACUAGAGAAGCUAGAUCGGGAUCAGAAGUAUUUGAGCGAAGAGAAGAGAAGGCUUGAAUUAGAAUCGAAAUUGUAUGGCAAAUGGAGAUAUGGAGUUAAUGAUGAGAACGUUCUGUUUGAAUCAAAGACGAAUAAUGAAGCGUUGGCCAAGCUGAAUUGGUUGGAUAAGCAGAUUGAGAAACGUAUGCACCAAGAAGAGGAAGCUAAACAAGCAGAAGAGCGACGACUUAAAAUAUUAGAAGAGACCCGUAAACGAGAGGAAAAUCUUAAAGAACAACAGAAACUACGCGAAGCUGAACUGAAAGAACUACGAGCUAUGCAGGAGUCAAACCUUACUGAACUGAAAGGUCGCGAAUUGCAAAGCAUCCACCUUCGAGAAAAAGAGGUUGAUCUCCGUGAAAAACUGGAAAAGAUUGCUAACGAGCUUCAUCAACUCAGAUCCCGGAAACAGCAAAAACAAAAUGCAGCCAUUCCGCAUAAUAUCAAACGUAUCAAAAUGUAUAUUCGUCAACGUUCAGAAGAAGUUCGUGAAGACCUCCAACAAGAUAUCCAUGCCCUUAACCGCAUUCUGAACUGCCACAGUUCAGAAGAUGCUAAGCGUCUUAAGAGCCAAUUCGAGGCUUUCUAUAAAGCGGAGUUGCAGAAACAAUCAACGAUUGAAGCAAUGUAUGAGUCCGAAGCCAAACAUAAUCUUAUCAAAUGGGAGGCUGAAUGGGCUGAGAUGUCUAACGAUCGUGAGGCACAAAUUGCGUUAAUUUUCAAGAAAAUAAAAACCGUUCUUGAAGCAGAGCUUUCUGAAAAUUUAGAUGAGCAGAAACGUUUGGUGGAAAUUCGUCAGCAACAUGUCGCUUUGAUUGAGAAUUCCAACGAGAAAUUGAAAGCUCUUGUUAGGGAGCAGAAGAGUUUUAUUCAAGCCUAUGAUCAGGUGGAUGCCAAUAGCAGUGAGGUGGGUGGGGAAAAUGUGAAAGACGAGGAGGUGCUGAAAAUGGCUAACUGCAGCCUUGACGAGAGUUCACCGAGGAGGCCGAAAUUCGGGAGGAAAAGAGUCGCUUGGACGUGAAUGUUAACGAGCAGCUUUUCGAAAUUAUUGAGAUUCGAUUUAAAUAUCUUUUGAAUUAUGUUCAAUUGUUUAUUAUUAUUUCGCAAUUCCUAGGAUUAGUUCUUCGUCUUCAAUAUUUGCUUGCAUUUAGGUUGUCAAUGAUUCAUGUUUGUACCAAAUUUAUAUGCUUGUUUGCGGCAACUCACCACGUGUUUUAUUGCUAUAAUACUGUAUCGAUAUGCAUUGUUUUAAUUACUUAAUUAAAUUAACGCGUGAAACUUGAAAAAUAGAAUUAAGCCUUGAA